AUGUGGCCUGAGGCUCCCUACAUGAAGCCAUUGCCUCCUCAAAAAAGAAGGUUACCAGGAAGGCCAACCCUUAAAAGGAAAAAGGAUCAAUCUGAGAUGGAAAGCAAGGGGAAAAGAAGGCAUACUAUCUCAAAAGCAGGUUUAGUUAAUAGAUGCACUAUUUGUAGAGAAAGGGGCCAUAAUAGAUCAGCAUGUCCUACUAGACCAGCAGAUGUAGCAUCCACUUCAAGGCCAAAAAACAAGAAACCUAAAAAAUGUAAAAAAGAGAAAGGUAAAGUGGAACCAGUUCAAGUGGAUCCAGUUCAAGCAGAUCCAGUGGAUCCAGUUCAAGUACCAGCUCCAAAUGUUGAACCAAUUCAAGCAGAUCCAGUGGAUCCAGUUCAAGUACCACAUGUUGAACCAGUUGAUGAUCCAGCUCCACAUGUUGAACCAGUUCAAGUAGAUGAUCCACAUCCAAAUGUUGAUGUCCUUGCUCAACCAGUUGCAACUAGGAAGAGGAAACGAAAAUACUCAGAAAGAAUUACCAAGAUAGGGUUGAGGAGGAAGGUUUUGAAGAAAGAAGGAAGCACUGGACACAACCCAAUGGUGUUGGAAUGA